AUGAGCUUCCUUGAUACAGGUAUCCCAUAUUUCGAUGCUAAUAUUCUUGUUAAUGAUUCAGCAUCGACUCAUUUUCCUCCAAACACAUCACUUUCAACAAUAGUCAAAGCAUUAUUGGUCGAAGAAUGGAAUCAAGUAUUUUCAUUUGAUCAAUAUUAUGAACAAUGUGCCCCUAGCAAGUGUACUUAUUCACAAAAAGUACGUACUACUGAUUUUCUUGGAAUAAUAAUAUUUGUGAUAUCGAUAAUCGGUGGUCUUAUUGCUGGUGUACGAUUAAUCGCAUCUUUACUGAUUAAAAUGAUUGCCGUUUUAUGGAAGAUCAAACGGCGACCAAAGGUACCACAACAACCAACAGCAUCAAUAUCAUUCAGUCGAAUAAAGCAAAAUAUAUUCAAACUAAUUAAGCUGUUACCCACUAUACUAUCCAAUCUAAAUAUGUAUCCAAGACGAACUUUUGGAGGACAUUUCCAUGAUGAUAAAGCAAAAUAUUUUGGACAAUUAUCAACACGACUUUAUAUCAUUCUUCUCAUUACAACUAUGAUUAUUUUAACAUUGUACAAUGUCAUCCAAUCACGAAUUAUAAUAAAGAUCUUUGAUAAACCAGAUAUAGAUAUUUACAAUAGUCUUCUACUUACCCAUAGUGACACUCUUCAAUGUCGUUGUUCAUCGAUUUCAUCAACAUACAACCAUUUUGUUCAAAUUCAACCCGUUUUUCAUCAAAUAUGCUUAAGUCCAUUUGUUUCAGAACAAUGGCGAAUGAUGAUUACUUCAAAAUUAUAUCCAGAUUUGUCUAUCUAUCAUGAUCGAGAUUAUCGUCGUUUUCUUUCAUCUCAUUUACAACUUCUUUCCGGGCUAUGUUCCGAAGCGAUGCAAUCAGUAAAUAGUUCUAUUGAUCAACUUCUUUCUUCAUUUUUUCUUACUGAUCAACUUGUAUCACCGACUGCACUUGCAAGUCGUAUUAAUUCACUUGUUAAUAGCAGUCAAUUGAACGCUCCUAAUUCUUUCGUCAGUCGUCUAUCACUUAUUCGAUCCAUCAAUUAUGGCAAUGCUAUUAUGUCAGCUUAUGGAACAAAUUUUCAAUACAUUGUUCCUUGGGGAAAUCCACCUUAUCCAGCUGCAAUCACUCAAGCAUUAAUUUAUGAUGAUGAAUGUUCAUGUGCAUUGAAUAUGAAUUGUACUACUCAAGCUGGAUUUAUUCUAGAUGAUUUAUCAACAAUCAAACCAAUCAAUGGUUUGAAAAUAGGUUGUACACCAAGUGAAGCAUUAUUUUCUUCAACAUUAGAAUGUUUUUAUAAUAUAUCAUGCAUCAAUCUUAUUCUUGAAUUUGUCGAUAAUGACAAUAUGUUAUAUUCACCUCUGUCCUCAAAUAAUAGUCGAUUUUCAAUGAAUUCAACUGUAUUAGAUUUGAUCACAAAUGUUUUCAUUGAAGAUUGGUUGACAUCAAUUGAUUAUCCAAAAUAUUUUAAUCAAUGUUUACCAAGUUCAUGUUCAUAUCAAUAUAUUCAAAGAUUUAAUUGGCUUUACACUGUUACUGUUCUACUUGGUUUUUAUGGUGGUUUGUCAUUCAUUUUCAAAUGGUUAUGUCCAAAAAUAAUUCUUCUUUUUAAUCAAAUCUAUCAAUACUAUAGAAAACGAAGAAAUACGAUUGGACCGAUUUCUACAACAACAGUGGCAACAAUUACGAAUACUACGAAUACAUUGAAUGAGAAUCAUAUCAACAACACCACUACUGAUGUAUGGACAACAUCUUCAAUUUUACCACCAAAACAAUUCACUUCGAGAAUGUAUCGUUAUAUUAUUCUUGGAAUGAUUUUAUUCGGGAGUUUGCUAGUGACGAUGAUAGUGGUAUCGAUUUAUUUAAAUUGGAAAGCUAAUAUGAAUCGCACGACAUUACCAGUUUUAUCAACGACUGUUCGAACAACUGAUUCUACUACUUCAACACCCUCAAUAUUGUCAACAGAACCAUCCUGUGUAUUAACAUUUGACCAAUCAAAUUUAUUUACAUUUUACCUCAGGUCUUCUUCUAUGCCAAUCAUCACUGAUGAUUUUAAUGGUGAUACUUAUCUCGAUCUUGCUCUCGUUGAUGACGAAUUGGGUAAUCUUAAUAUAUUUAUUGGGGAUAAUAAUGGAACAUUUACAGCACCAUCGAUAUAUGUUAUUGGAUCAGAUAAUGGUCCACAAUUUAUUACUGCUGGUGACUUGAACAAUGAUAAUUAUAUAGAUCUUGCUGUCGCGAAUAUUAUUUCUGAUACUAUAGGAAUUUUUUUUGGCUGUGGUAAUGGAACUUUUCAAACACAACAGAUAAUUUCAACUGGAUUCGUUCAUUCACCCUUAAGAUUAGUAAUUGGUGAUUUCAACGAUGAUCAUCAUUUAGAUAUUGUUGUUAAUGGCAUGCAAUUAGGUAUAAUGUUUGGUUUGGGUAAUGGUUAUUUAAAUAGCACAACAGUUCUCUGUGAUGAUGAUGUAUCGAAUGGAAAUUUUAUCAUUGCCACUGAUUUUAAUAAUGAUACACAUCUAGAUCUUGUUGUCAGUUACGGUUCCGAUAGCAUGAUACGAAUAUUGCUUAAUAAUGGUCAUGGAUAUUUUUAUUUGUGGAUGACUUUGACUUUAGAAAAAUUUUCUAUUCUAGAUUCCUUUACAAUAGCUGAUUUAAACAAUGAUAAUCGACCAGAUUUGGUUGUUGGUAAUUCAGAGAAAAAUUACAUAGCUAUUUUCAUUCAGAAUAAUAAUGGAAGUUUUGGCCAACAGACAACAUAUCCGACAGGAGUAUAUGGUAGUAUGUGGACGGUUGUUGCCGGUGAUUUUAACAAUGAUGGUCAAGUUGAUCUUGCUGCUACUCUUAUUCUUAGACAACAAGUAAUUAUUUGGGUGGGUAUUGGUAAUGGAACAUUUUUAGUGUCAUCAAUGUUUUCAACUGAAUCUAUUAGUGCACCGACUACAAUGAUUACAGGUGAUUUUAAUAGUGAUAAUAAAUUGGAUUUUAUUGUAUUAGAUAUGUAUUCAGCCAAUGUACUUAUUUCUAUCAAUACAUGUGAUUGUUGUAUACAAAAUAUUUCGAAGAAAUAA